GAAAUUUCAGGCGCUUCAUCGGAUGGGCAUCCCGGUGUAUUCGGCACGAGCUGGUGCCCGGGCGGGAAGGCCGAGCAGUGGAACGGCGCCCACUAGGGUUCUGAUUCUGUUGAGUUUAGCGGUAUUUGGGACUGCUCUAUCAUGCGUCCUGGCCAUACAAGUGGUCCGAAAGCGUUCCUCAUCAAUAAUUGCCUUUGACGGGGCUCUAACCGGCCCGGAAAACGACCAACUGCUAAACGCUACAGGCGAGGCGCCAGCGCAGCUGGCCGCGAAACGCGCCCGUCGCCCAGUCUAUUCACCAGUCGGCGCCAUACCGGAGCCAUACCCCUCGGCGGCGACACCCGGGCCGCAUGGGGGUGCUGCUGAGUCCCCACUUAAGCCAGCCUCACCUCCACUUCAACAUUCCACUGAAAUCCACCCGAAUAGCGCGUUUUACAGACCUGAAAUUGGCUAUGACCCCACAAGAUGGACCACUCCACUUCACUUGGAAGCUUCAAGCACUGCAGCAAUCACGCUACCGGUACUUUUUGCAGAUUUUGAUCACUUUAAG